AUGACAGACAACGAAUCGGAAUUAAUAGAAUAUUUAAGUAAUAAUGGACUUAUCUCCCUAAAACAAGUGCUCAAUAGUGAAAUACAUACCACAUUUAAUCCUAUUCAAUGCCGUGAUUUGGGUCGUUUUCUUAUCAAUUUAAUACCUAUUUGUUAUUCACAUAUCACUGAUCAUGAUGCAGAACAAGCUUUGCAUAAUAUCCCAUCGAUACAUACACAUUUUAAUCAAGAACAAAGUGAUUAUUCUAAAUAUAAAACAUCAAAUAUAUUUGAAACAUUAAAUUAUCUAUUUGAUACAAUUGUUCGUCUUUUUCAAUUUCCUUCGAAUCAUGAUAAUCAUACAUUAAAUGUAUCUCCAUCAGAAACAAAUAAUGUUCAUAUUGACAUUGCUCAAACAUUUGCUCAUAUUGUACUUCCAAAUUUAACAACUGAUUAUAAAGUUGUCUGGUUUUAUCAGAAAAAAAUUCGUUCACUGCUUCUUAUUUUCCGCCAGAUUAUUUCGUUUCAACCAUCAGCAUUUACCAAUAGUUUUACAACUAAUCCCAUUGGCUCAAUAAUAGCAAUUAUUGGCAAUUAUCUUUCAUCAUCAUCAUCCUCAUCAUCGAAAUUUCUUGUUCAAUUAGGAUUCGAUACUCUACAAGGUUUUGCAUUAUUAAUUGAAAAUACGCUUCAUAAUAUUGCUCAAGUCAAUUCUGCUGCUCAACGGCGAACCCCAAAUGAUUUACUAAAUUUAAUCAAUCAAUUUUUAACAAGUGAUUAUUUUUUACUAUUUAAUCUACUUACUAUCGAUAAAGAAAACGAAUCAAAUGGAAAACAGCUACUUGAACAUUGUGCAAUUAUAUUAAAACUUCUAAAAAUUUGUCGUUCCGAAAAAUUACAGCAUAAACCAAAUCCACGUCUUGCACAAACAUAUUGGGAGAAUAAUUAUGAACAAGCUUAUUUAUUACAUCAUCAUCAAAAUUCGUUUGAAAUAAUAAUUAAUAAUAAGAAUAGUCUUGACGUAAAUAUUGAAAUAAAAGCUGAUAACAAUGAUGAUAAUAAUCAAAUCAAACGUAUUUGUAUUAUUAAUGCUAUUUAUGAGAAGAUAUUACGAUUAGCUAUUAAACAAUUUGAAUCUAGUCAACCAUUAUUUUCGUUUAUUCAAGAUUGUCUCUCUUAUUUAACAGCUAUUGGCUCAUGUUCAUGUUACUCUCUUUCACAUUAUCGUACCCUGUUAUCUAAAAUCAAUCAUCUUAAAGCCGAUGAGAAAAUUAUAACAUCACUUGAGAAACAAUCUAUUAAAUUAUUUCGUCAAGCUUUUCUUCUUAUAUCCAGUUGUUCCCAACGAAAUCAUCAUCAUCAUCAUCACCACCAUCAUCAUCAUCAUCAUGAUACACAAAUACCAGAUAAUACAUUAUUUUGGUCAUACUUAUCAAAUCAUUUAUUUCAACGUCCAUCUCACUAUUCCCUUAAUUUAAUUCAAUCAUUUCCAGAUCUUAUUCAAUGUUGCUCAAUAGUCGAUAAGCAAUUAGCUUUAAAAUCUUGUAUAACACCAUCUUUAGAAUAUUAUCGUUCAAUACAAAAUACAGCGAACAUAGAAAUGAUUGAAUAUCUUGUUCAAACACUGCCUAAUCUUUUAUUUGAUAUUAUUACUGAUAUACCAUUAUUAUCAUUAUCUGAUACAUUGAUAUCAUUAUCGACAUUAUUACCAUCACUACUGAUUCAUACAUUGCCUGCUCUUGGUUGUUUACUAACAUCAACAUCAAAUUGUUCAAAUUUAAAUAUAUCUGAAUCAUUUCUCUAUUUAAUUAUUAAACUAACGAAAUCAUGGUCAUUAUCGAACGAUGGUAUUGAUAAUUUAUGUCAUUUACUUAAUAUUCUUAUUCAAAAAUGUACAAUAUUUCGGCAAGCAUUUUAUUCAAAUCUAUGUCAUUUACGUUUGUUUGAACGUUUCCAAUUGAUGUUAAAUAAUAAAUCACCGAUUCAAUCAUCAAUAAUCGAAAGUGUACUUGUAUCGGUUUCGUAUUAUACGAGACCCAAUGAUAAUAAUUUUAAUUAUAAAUUAAUUCUUGAACAAAUAACAUUCUAUAGUGAAAAACAUCGUUAUACUCGAUCGUGGUUUGAAUUACUUGUACGUUUAUCAUUAUCUCAACAAUAUCAAGAUAAACGAACGCGAUGGAAAAGUUCGACGAAUCAUAAAAUUCCAGCAGCUAAUGAAACUGAUGAUGAAAAUUCAACCUCACCAUUAUUAUCUAUUACGGAUGCUAAUUUAGAAAAUUACCAAAGCAUUGAUGAAGAUGAAAUUUAUUAUGGUGAUAUUGAAUCACUUAGUGAUGAUGUACCGAUAGAAAAAGUGACGAAACAAAAUCAAACGAUUUAUUCAAAUUUAAUUCUUUUCCCGGAAUUAGUUAUUAUUGGAUUGAAAACUACUUGGGAAAAUGUGGAUCAUGAAUGGAGUGAUCAACAAACGACAAAUAAAUCAUCACUUUACGUAACAAAUCUUGUCACCUACUUGGAAUUAUUAUCAUCAUUGGUUCGUGCUAAUAGUUAUAAUUGUAUUAUAUUAAAAAAGUCAAAUAUCGACGGUUAUCUAUUUAAUUGUCUAACAAAAAUUGUUCCUCGUGCAACAUUUGCACAGAAAGACAACUUAAUUUCUUUGAUAAUAACGCUUCUACAAUUUUUAUGGUCACAAUCGAUAACAGUUAAUCAACUUGAUGAAUGUUUCAAACUAAUAUUAAUUCAUCGUUCAUUAGUCGGGCCGUUGCUUCGUUUAUUUAAACAUCUUGUACAUCAAAUUGAUUCCAAUCAGCCACGUUCAUUUUGUUCUAUGCCAUUGUCAUCUAUAGUAACAUCAAAAGGUGGAAAUAAUUUACGUUUAACACUCGAUCAAUUAUUUUCAUUGAAAUAUCCUCAAACAGAUUCUUCGAUAAAUUAUAAUGCUCGUCAAUCGGCAUUUGUAACUGAAACAUUAAAAUCAGUUCAAUUAAUUUUUCCAUUAACUAUCGCUAUUUGGCUAAGAGUUAAUUAUCCAUUUGAUAAACAUGAAAGUAAUGAUGAAAAUCAAGAUGAAAAUGAAGAAACAAUUAAAAAAGAGAAUCGACCCAUGUUACAUAUUGUUACAUUAAGUCAUGAAGGAAUUCAAUUACAAUUUUGGCUCGAUUCAAAACCAAACCUUUGUUUGAAAAUUGUACAAUUGUCAUCAGGAUCAAAUAAUCAAAAGCCUACUAAUUUCAAUGUUCGCCUGUGCAAUCUUCCACGUGAAUCUUGGUCACAUAUAUUUCUUACAAUAUCGAAAACAACAAAUGCAGUUCGUAUAUGUCUAAAUGGUCAAACAUCUCUAGUCAAAAUUCAUUCGAUACCUUCAUUAUAUUCUUCAAAUUCAACCAAACCAUGGUCGAUCUCGCUUGGACAGCAAUCUUUGGAUACAUGCACGAAACUCUAUUAUGAUCUUGGCAGUAUUCUUCUUUUUGAUAAAGUUGAUUUUCUCAACGCAAUUAAUAAUGAUUGCAUCCCAACAUAUUUAUUUAGUUUGGGUUCCGAUCAUUGGCAUUUUUUAACAGGCGGUCAACAACAACAAUCACUUGUUAAUUAUUGGAUAUAUCAAAGAUUUAGUCGUGUUUAUUCAUCAAUACCAAUCGAUCAAUUUGAAAACGAACAAAAUUCAUGGCAUACACUUUUAAAACGUUCACUCGUAGCUUCCUACUCUUCUAAUAAUCCUUGGACAUUAUUUGUAUUUAGUACAAAUCUCGAUACAAAUGAAGAUGUUGCACCAAGUCUUUUAAAUAAAUAUUUAUCAUUAUUGUCAUCAGCGCCAUCAUCAUCAUCAUCCUCACCAAUAGCAGCUCCAUCAUCAGUAACAACCCACGAUGAUAAUUUAUUAGCAAUAACCACGACGAUUUCUUUACCAUCGAAAAUUUCACUUGAACAAUCAAGUAAUAUUCUUAACGUAUGCGAACAAUUAGGUGGAAUAUUAAAUUUCAUUUACUUAUUUGGAAAACUUAUUGAAAUCAAUACAUAUCCAACACCAUCGUGUAUUGGUGAUAUAAGUGAUAUUGUAUUUACAUCAAUAUGGAAAAUAAAAUCCUACUAUGAUUUAUUCAAUUCACUCGAUGGUUAUCUUUUAAUUGUUAAAAUUUUAACCACUGAUGAAUGUACAAGUCAUAUAUCGGACAAAUUUUACGAACUACUCAUUGAUAAAUGUAUUAUAUUAAAUCAGCAACGUCUUUAUGAUAUAAAUUUAUUUCGAUUUAUUUUACUUGAUUGGAAAAUUUGGCAUCGUCAUUCGGAAAUAUUUUAUAGUAUAUUAAAAUCUUUUAAUAGUUUAUUGUCGGAUCAAAUGAAUUCAAAAUAUUAUUACGUUAAUCGACAAUUAUUUAAAAGUCAUUUUACCCUUGAACAUUUAUUAACUCUAUGCCAAGAAAUUAUCGAAGAACAGCAACAAAUAAUUAUCGAUGAAGAAAUCGCGAAUGUUUUAGUGAAUAUUAUUGAAGCUUUUGUUGAGAAUGAUAUCAAUAUUAUUGCAUUAUUAAUGAAUUUUGUUUUAGUUAUACAUCCGCUAAUUAAAACUUAUGUUACAUAUAAUAAAGCACAUUUUUAUUUCAUUACAAAACCUUUCAGUUAUUAUCAAACGCGAAACAAAUCGAAAAAAGAAGAUCUACUACGACAAAUUUAUAAAGAUCAAAAUUCAAAAUUUUUGAAACGACAACGUUCAUCAACAGUUCACAAUGAAAUACUAGUGGAUACGUCUUCUAUUCGAAAAUCGCAUUCAUUUACCGAUUUAUCAGCUCCAAUAGCAACAAAAGGUAAUGAUGGGGAAAAUUUAAAUCAUCGUCGUGAAUAUUAUAUAGAUACUUCUGAUACACCGAGAACGGCAAAUUUUGUCAAUGAAUCAAAUUUAUUAGGAAUUAAAGAUUGUCCUCACAAUGUUGAUUAUCUUUCGACUGGUAUUCUACGAUUAUUAGCCAACAUAGCUGUAACAACAUCGGAUCGUUUAAUGAUGCAAUUGAUUGAUCAUGUAUUUCGUUUAAAUAUUUUAAUUGUUCUUCUACUUGAUGCAUCGAUGGCUAAACGUGUUCAAUGUUUACGAUUACUUGAUGUUAUCUUAAAACGUAUGGACAAAGAUAAAGUACAAAAUACUGUACUAAGAGUUGAUUUACACACAAUGUUAGCCAAUCAAAUCUAUCAUCAACUGGAUGGACGUGAUAAUGAAAAGGAACUUGUAGAAAUUUGUGUUUCGAUAGCAUUACAACGACCUAUUCAAUUCGAUAUGAAAUUAAGUCUAUCUAAACAAAUUCAUGACGCUGAACAAUAUUUUUCUAUUCUUUCAUCUUCACCACCGUGUCCACGUUCGCAAGUUGGCUUUGCUUUAAUACUUUCUCUUAUUGAAAAAUUAAGCAUGACAAAUGUUUAUCUAUGUGAAUUAAUUCUUAAAUUACUCGACCAAAUAAUAUUACAAUCGAAUGAUGAAAAUCGACAUUUUCUUGUUGAUAUCGGUCUAACACAAGUUUUAUUCAAUACACUUUCAUCAGCUAUAUCGAUUUCACAUGAUAAAAUCAUAACGUGCGUGCAAAUAUGCUUUAAUUCAUUAAUCAUAACGAUGUUUACAACGACUAUGAACGAUGAUAUAUCAUUUACAUCGAUUAUUAAUAAUAUUAUUGGAAUGAUGAUGAUGAAUAAUGAGAUAGAUUGUCCAAAAAUAUAUCGACGAGUGUUGCAUCAAACUCUAUCAAAUAUGCUGAAUUCAAUCAUAGGCUUAAUUGAAAAACCACCAGUCGUUGAUGUUUCAUCGUAUCAAUCAACAAUCGAGCGAAGCAAUCUUGAUGAGACGAAUUUAAAUUUAAAAACAGUUGAGCAAUCGGAUCGAUUUCGUAAAUUUUUACAAUUAUCAUUAGAUUAUAUUUAUCUAUUUCAUGAUGAAUGUUCAUUAUUUGAAACAUUUACAUUACGUCUGCUCGACAUUUGUCUCAUUGGUAUUGCAUAUCUAAUUGAGAAACGUUCGAAUAAUUUAAAUUCUCGCCAUCAAAUGUCAUUGAUUAUGUUUCGUUGUGGCGAUAUUAUUAAAAAUAUUUGCCUAAAACUAAUAACCAUCGCACUUGAUCCUGAUAAGCAACGUUUCAUUUUUCGUACACAAAUAUUAAAAAAUAUUAUUGAUCAACCGAAUUCCAAAGGAAUCGUAGAGUAUCUUUUAAUGCAAGAUACACAAUGUUCGUUAUAUCAUCAAAUACUUAUUUAUUUGCAAAUACUUUCAAAUACAACUCCAGCCGAGUUAGAAUUCGAACAAAGUAAUUAUCAGGAUCAAAAAUCGUUCGAUUCAGGACAUGUAACAUUCGCACCUAUUGCCGAUCGAAGUCAAAUAUUAACCAAUGCAGAAGAAUCAUCACAUACAGUAAACAUAUCAACGAAACAAUCGAAAUUACUAGUUAAACGUUCACCAAAAGUUACAAUUACCAUUGAAAAAUCAUCAUCAACAGACGACGAACGUGAUGUUGGUAAACGGUCGAAUUCUCCUACAACAAAUGAUGAACAAGAAAGGAUGUUUAAGAAAAAUUUCGAUCGAUCGUCAUCACCUUCACUUUCACUUUCAUCAAUUGGUAGCGAAUUAGCAUCAACACAACAGUCAUCGAUUAGUAAUUAUCAAAAUACUAUUAAUACAUUUCGUGAUCUUAUGCGUACCAUUAACAUUCAAUCUUUAACAGUCAAUGAUAGUAAUGCAACACAACGACGAGCACUCAACGACUAUUUACUUUCAUCAUCAUCAAGAUUAACAUCUUCUCAAAUGUCUUACAAUAUUUCUCAAAAGAGAGUUAAACGAUAUUCAUUGGAUUUGUCUUCAUCGACAACUGGAAAUGAUAUUCGAUCAGCAAACAUCCCGAUUAAAUCUCAUUCACCCGAUAAGUUUCAACGUCGUUCAUCCAAUACAACAUCUUCAUCACCGAUCUCAAUCAGUUGUUCGUUGAUUGUUGAUGAAAAACGUGUUGAUUAUAGAAAUGCACUUAAUCAAGCGAUCGACACAGUUCGACAACGUUCAAUGUCAGCACAAAAUAAUUCAUUAAAAACAUUUACAAAUGUAACUAUAUCAAUUAUAACAGCACGUGCUAUGGAAAUAACACAAGAUGUUAUAAAUUUGCAAGGCAUGGAACGUAAAACAUAUCUUGAACAUCUUCGUUUUACACAAAGUCUUGAGCUACGUACAAAACACUUAUGGCAUCAAUUAAUAUCUCAAUUGACACAUGAAUAUGGUGUUUGGUUUGAACCAUUGUCGUAUCCAAAAUUUUGGGAACUUGAUCCCACAGAAAAUCCUCAACGUGAACGUCGUCGUUUACAACGUUCGUAUUGUCUAAUGGAAAAACGUUUUUUUCAACCAGAAGUACCUGAUGAAGUACUUGUUAAUCCUCCAUUAUCCUAUUUAUUCGAUACACGUCAUUAUCAAUCGGUUAGUAUACAAACCGUUUUGUAUCAUAAUGAAAAAGUCGAAUAUCAAUGUCGUUGCAUAAAUGUAACUCCUAAUAAUGAAAUCCGAGGCGAAUUACUUGUUGGUACAACACGAAUUUAUUUCGUUGCCGAUGAACAAUUAUCAACAUUGAAAAAAACUAAAAGUAUCAAUACGGCUAUGUCAACAAUCGGAUACAAUUAUCAUUCAUUAAAUGAUGAUUCAAAUUCAUUUUCAUUUGCUAUCGAUGAUAUAUGCGAAAUGUAUAAAAGACGUUAUAUGUUACAAGAUCUCGCACUGGAAUUAUUUUUUACUAAUGGUAUUACAUUAAUGGUUGCACAUGAUUCGAAUAAUGAUCGAGAAAAUCUUUAUCGACUAUUAACUAAACGUAAUUUAAUACAAUUUAAAUAUGGUGGAACAGUGAAUGAAAUACAAGCAUUAUGGAAACAAGGUCAAAUGACUAAUUUUGAUUAUUUAAUGCAACUGAAUAAAUUAGCUGGACGCACAUUUUUAGGUAAAUAUAUGGGAAUUUAA